AUGGACGACACAUUGGCUCAAGUUCAAGCGAAAUGCGCUCUUCAGUUGGAAAUGUAUCAGAAAUGCGUUGGCAACUACCCUGAUUCCUGGGACAAGAGCUGUGUCCAGCAGCGUAACGCACUCACAAAGUGCUCGGAAGAACAUGUUGGCAUUCUCAAAUACGUCAAGCAGCAUUGCACAAGCCAAAUCAAGGCGUAUGAUGAGUGUCUCUCAGCCAACCAAACCGAACCUGAAAAGUGUGUUGCUGCAUUGCGUGAGCUCUACAAUUGUACAGAAGCAACAUCAGCGGCCUAUCGUCAACAACAAUCCAAGAACGAUGGAAGUGAUGAAAAGGAUAAACCAUCCAACACUGAAAAGCAAUAG